UUGGUCACGUGGUGUGACCGAGUAGGACGGCCAUCUUCCCUAAAACACAAACAACAAGAGCGUACUAGACAUUAACACGCAACGACCAUUGGAGAGGGAGAGAGAGCAAAAAACAGUAAAAACGGAACACGAUUCUCGAGGAGGAGCACAGAACACAAACAACUGCACAUGCAUCCAAAGUGAAGAUCGUCGAGUUUGACGGGGCGACUGGACAGUAAAAUCGCAUCGACAGCUCCAGAAAUACGAUUAAGGAGGUAGAGGGAUUGUCGGCGUGAGGAGGGGGUCACCAGCUGGGACCUGGUCCACACAGCAUUGCCAGUACAACAGAAAGAGUUAGAAAGAGACACACAAAUAGUGAAAGAGAGAAGCUUAUUGGGGACAUAACUGCUUCUGGCAGCUGUAUUAUCAACAAGUUUGUCUCUUUUUUUUCGUCUCUUUGUCUGUUUUGUUUGUUUCCUGGAGUCGAUCGACUUUAGACGUCAGUAUCAAAGCUCUGCAGUUUUUGCAGUCCAACAGGUAUUACUCAUUUUAGGGGGUUUUGAUUUCUUUUUUUUGUUUUCCAUUUGUUUUUAUUUGUUGGUUUUCAUCGGCUGUGAACAAGAGAGCUCUUACCGUGUCAGACCUUUUGUAUUUCUGCUCUCCUGCACACACGCCCUGAAUAAGGCAGCUAUAACCCUACUCUCUCUUAAGUUGGCUACUUUGAAACAUACACACAUAUAUAUAUAUAUAUACACACACACACACACACACACACACCUUUCAGCCCUCUCACCCAGACCUGGUCCAGCCUAGUCUUGCCUGCGCCACUCCCCCGGACAGGACUUUCACCUCUGAGAAGGAAGGAAGAAUAUGACUGCUGAAACACUUAACUUUGGCCCAGAAUGGCUCCGUGCACUUUCCAGUGGAGGCAGUGUGUCUUCCCCUCCUGCCUCUCCUGCUAUGCCAAAGUACAAGUUGGCCGAGUACCGUUAUGGCCGAGAAGAGAUGCUAGCACUUUAUGUCAAAGACAACAAGGUCCCUGAAGAAAUGCAGGAUAAAGAGUUUGCUGCUAUUCUGCAGGAUGAGCCUCAACAGCCACUGGCACUGUUGCCUCUCACUGAAGAGGAGCAGAGGAACUUCUCCAUGUCUGUCAACAGUGUGGCUGUGCUGAGGCUUAUGGGUAAGGGGGGCGGGGCCGCCCCUGCUGGGGUGAACCGAGGCAGAGGCAGUGUGAGAGGCGGUCGAGGUCGAGGAAGAGGAGAGGGCGGUUUCUACCAAAGAAGCAGUGAGGAAGGAGAGGGCGGUUUUGGUCGUAGCGUUCGAGAGAUUAAUCGCAGUCAGAGCUGGGAUGACAGAAGUGAGAGACGUUUUGAAAAACCUCUGCGUAGGGAAGGUGUGCGUCUGGCUUUCGAGGAGGGGGGUCCGGGUGCCAGAAAGGAGUUCAUGCGCUCUGAUAGCGACAACUGGCGCAUACUGAGAGAGGAGCAGGAGGAAGAGGAAGCAGGAGAGACUGGUGGCAGCUGGAGACUCGCUGGCUUACAAAGACACGAUGGUGGUCCUCGCUCGGCCGGUUGGCGUGAACACUCUGGUCCGGGUGAAGUUCGCCGCAGGAAGUUUGACUUUGACUUCCGGGAUGGAGGGAAUGAGGGAGGCAGACGGAGAGCAGGCAGCGAAGGAGCAGAGGAGGAGAGAGAUGGUCUGCCAGAGUGGUGCACAGAUGAGGAAGAUGGAGAAAUGGGAACCUUUGAUUCUUCUGGAGCGUUUAUGUCUAUUAAGAAGGGCCCGAAAGACCCUAUUCCAGAAGAGGAGUUUGAGUUCCAGGGGUUGGAGGAUGAGGAAGAGGACGGUGCUAAUCAAGAGAAGAACAGCGCUGGUGCUGAAAAAAGCGAGAAAGAUGUCAUUGACUCUGCUCCAGUGUCUGAAACUGAAGUGAAACAGGUUUCUCCUUCCCCUCCUUCUCCUCUCCCUCAAUCUCUUCCUGCUCCGGUCCCUGAGGCUGUGCCCUCUGCUGCCCCCUCUGUCCUGGAGGAGCCUCAGCCUGCCCCCUCCAUUCCCAACAAACUACCAAGUGAAGUGUUAUCAGAGGCCAUGUUAGAUUUGAGCCCCAGUGCCUCCUCCAGUCUGCCUUCAUCGCCUCCCUCUUCAUCCUCUGCUGCUACUGACCUCCCACCACCGGGGGGUGAUAUUGAGGAUGAUGAGGGCAUGAAGCACCUGCAACAGGAGGCAGAGAAGAUGGUGGCAGCGCUCCAGGACACAUCUCUAGAGGAAGAGUGUUUCACCCAGACUCUUCAGGAGAGCAGAAACACAGCCUCUGCUCUUCCUCUCUCCCAUGACUCUGCCAUGAAAUGGUUUUACAAAGACCCGCAAGGAGAGAUUCAGGGUCCUUUCAGUACAGUGGAGAUGUGUGAAUGGUUUCAGGCGGGGUAUUUCGCCAUGAACCUGCUUGUUAAACGUGGUUGCGAUGAGGGAUUUCAGCCACUGGGAGAAGUCAUUAAGAUGUGGGGGCGUGUGCCUUUCGCCCCUGGCCCCUCCCCUCCGCCCCUCCUGGUGAGGAAGCAAGCUGACCUUCGCCCUCACCCACCCCGGGGGGCAAUCGGUAAUAUGGAUCAGGAGCGGCUGAAGAAGCAGCAGGAAUUAGCUGCUGCCACGGCUCUUUACCAGCAACUCCAGCAACAGCAGCUGUUCCAACUCAUCAACAGGUGUGGAGAGCAGAGUAUGAUGCCUUCGUUAAACAGGUCGAUGUCAGUGCCAGAUACAGGGUCCAUGUGGGACAUGCAUACCUCAGCCUCACAGCCAGCAGGCGGUGAGGCCAGUCUAUGGGACUUAAUGAAUUCUUCAACUCAGGGUCCAAUUCUAGAACAGCUUCAGAAGCUACAUGAGAGAAGAGAAGCUGAACUCAGGGCCAAGCGUGAGGAAGAGGAAAGAAAACGGAGGGAUGAAAAAAGGCGAGAAGAGCAGAAAAGGAGAGAGGAGGAGGAGCUUUACAGGCGCAAACAGCAGCAGGAUUUGCUAAUGAAGUUGCUCCAGCAGGCUCCACGCCAGGGUUCCUCAGGCUCCGGGUCAAGCUGGAGCGGAGGACCCAUCCCUGGGCUGGGAAAGCAGACCAAGCCCCUCAACCUCCUGGAUGUCCAGCAGGAGGCUGAAAGAAUGCACAAACAACAGCACAGAGUCCAGCAGCAGCAGAGGUGGAGUGAUGCCUCUUCGUUGUGGGGAGCAUCUGGAUCUUUGGAUGGAAAGGUGGGUGGUGGUGGUGGCAGCCCCUCUGGAGGAGGGAUGGGAGUCUGGGACGAGGCCCUCAAGAACCAGAGCACACUUCGCAACAACAUGGGGCUGAAAAACAGCCGCAGCAGUCCCUCACUGAGUGAGCAGUACAUGAUGAGAAGCCGUAAACGCACUGAGGAGGAGGAGCGGCUGUUGAAGCUCCUGCAGGGGAUGAAGUCUCAGGACGGCUUCACCACCUGGUGUGAACAGAUGCUGCAUGCGCUUAACACCUCCGCCAAUAACUCCUCCUCUUCCCAGGAUGUGCCUACCAUUGUGGCAUACCUGAAGGAGGUGGAGUCCCCGUAUGAGGUGUUGAACUUUAUCUGCUCCUACCUGGGCGACACUGUCGAAGCCAAAGAGUUCGCCAGACAGUUCCUGGAGCGCCGUGCCAAACAGAAAGCUAACCACCAGAGACAGCAGCAGCAGCUCUCCAAAGAGAUGGCUGGACUUGGCAUGAACAACUUCCCUCUGCAGGAGACUGUACGAGGAAUGAACCCCAGUGCCCUGCAGUCAAUGUUCCAGGCAGUGCAUUCUGGGAAGGGGGGUGUGGUCUAUGAUCAGGCAGCAAAGCUGAAGAAGAAACAGCCCAUGAUGCUGCACUCUGACCCAAGCAUCUUAGGGUACUCAUUCCACGGUGGCCCUGAUCGGUAUAGUCUAAACGAGAUGGAGAUGGUGGAGGAUUACUGAAUCCACAGCAAUAGCUACACGAGGCCUUUAAACCCGCGGGUCCACCUAAUCAGACUCCGCAAGUCGAAUGUGCACUGCUUUGAGGGAGAGGGGUUUGGGGAUAAGCCAGGAGUAAGGUAUCAGUUUAGGGGUGGGUGGGUUUUGCGCUGGGAAUAGAAGAAUGUAAUUCAACAGGGAAGGGAACAGGUGUGAAUUUAUUUUUGUGUGUGUGUUUUCGGGGGAUGGGGGGGUGAUAAAGUUCUGGCACUUACAGCAUUAAGCACCUUACACUCAGACUAAUGCACUUUAUUAAGAUAGAGGUUUUUCCUUUUUCUUUUUGAGAAGAUUUACUUUGUAUAUUUAUGUGGUAUGCUUCAGAAAUGUUACCACAUAUAUACAUAUA